AUGUCCAACUCGUCUUCCAAAAAAGCACGAGCCAUCUACCUGGACGGCCGCACCCUUGAAGGAGGAGGCCAGCUGGUACGCAUCGCCAUCGCCUUGUCCACCAUCACCGGCCACCCCAUCACCAUCGACCAUAUCCGAGGAAACCGUAGCGGCAAACAAGGCUUGAAGGGGUCACACCUCGCUGCCAUCGAGUACCUGGCCGACGUGAGCAAGAGCCAAGUCGCCGGCGCCAAGAUCGGGUCCAUGUCGCUGACGUUUCGUCCGCCGCGGAAACCCCUAGCGCUCACGAAGACCGACAUCGACAUCCGUCUUACCACCGCGGGAUCGAUCUUCCUGGUUUUCCAGGCCCUGUAUCCGUAUCUUUUAUACACCGGAGGGAUAUCCUCCGACGAGAACCCGCAGCCGCAGCCUAUCCGCAUGAGUGUCACGGGGGGCACGAAUGUAUCAUUUGCCCCGUCAUAUGACUACGUCUCCCAGGUCCUGGUGCCGAAUUUCGCCAAAAUCGGACUCCCCCCGUUGGCAGUGCAGCUGGACAAGAGGGGAUGGUCGAGCGGGCCAUUUGAUCUGGGGAAAGCGUCGUUUGUCAUUGAGCCAAUUCGCGAGAGGAGCAGCGAGACAUGCUACGGCUUCCCAUCCGUCGACCUCAAUAGGCACAAAAGAGGCCGAGUUACGCAGAUCGAUAUCACCGUUCUGGCGCCGGAUAGCCCCGUCUCUGUGGCCUCGGGCUCCAGGCAAGAUCGGAGGGCCCAUUUAAACCAGGCGAACAGAGAACCGAGCUAUCCCCAGCCCGAUGAGGUGGAUGAACCGACGACUCGUCAAUUUAUCCAGGAUGAGAUUGUGCGUCUCCUCCGUGCUCGACUGGGGAAACUUGCCGCGUCGAUUUUCAAGAGGAAAUCACCGGAUGCAUUGGAGCCACUGCCUGGACUCAUACAUUCCGACGACCACCCCACCUCCGACCCAGUCCCCAUCACCAUCCACACCUCGGAAACGACCCACCACCACUCACAUAUCUACCUCCUCAUUGUAGCACAUACAUCGCGAGGAUUCAAGCUAGGAAGGGACACACUCUUCGGCGCGCAGACAAGGGUGUCGCGUCGCAAGACUGACCAACCAAGAGUCAACGCGAGAAGCCACGCGGUGGAACUGGCUGAGAGGUGUGUGGAUGGGUUUGUGCGGCAGCUGUACGAUCCGCGAUUGCAGGGUGCGCAGGAAGGGCGCCUGCCCUGUGUGGAUGAGUAUAUGAGGGACCAGUUGGUUAUCUUCGAGGCGUUGGGAAGAUCGCUCAGCUCGGGGAGUGAGGUUGACCGUCAUGAACGAACGAGCCAUACCCUCCACACGAAAACGGCGCGGUGGGUGUGUGAACAGAUGCUGGAUGGGGAGGGGGGUAUACUCUGA